AUGGAGACCGAUGUACGACUCAUGAAACGUCGUCGCCAAGAAUUAAGUUCGUCAGCUCCAAAUACGUCGGAAUGCAGGCGUAUAGAAUCGGUAGAAGAUCUGGAAAGUUACGUGAAGGAGGAAGAUUGCGUUUUUGUCGCGAUAAAAACCGAACACCAUACGAAGUUCGCCGAGAAAGGUUUCUUCAGGGCGCUAGCAAAGAAUCACAAAAAGAUACUCGCAACGACUCGUUGGGGAGAUUACGAAAUUCCCGAUGACGCUCGUCGCUACGUGCUGCGCGGUUGGGACAGCCUGGAUUCUGAUCUGCAAGACCUGAUAAAAGCGGAGGCAGUUGCUUACCAUAAUUUCACGUCCUUGAGGAAAUAUGAUGACAUGUCUAUUGACGAGUGUUUGAGAUUAUUAGGUGACUCUCACGGUGUAAUGGUGAGCUUCGAGACGGUGGGUCACAUAGCUCACUUGAAUCUGCCCGUCGAGCGCCUAUGGGCCAAGAAGAUUAUUGCCAAGAUUUUGUUAGACAAGCACAAGCACAUUAAGACCGUAGUGAAUAAAGUGAGGGAGGUGGACAACGAGUUUCGUACUAUGGAGCUUGAGCUCUUAGGUGGUGUGGAUGACCUGGUGGCGGUGCAGCAUGAAAACUCGUAUACAUUCAAGAUCGACUUCCGAAAUGUGUACUGGAACUCCCGUUUGAUACAAGAGCGGGAGCGCAUCAGCGACACUUUUCAUAUGGGCGACGUGCUGGUGGACAUGUUUGCAGGUGUAGGUCCAUUUGCCAUGUACGCGGCUGGUAAAGGGUGCUUGGUGUUCGCAAACGACCUUAACCCUGUUGGAGCUCAAUUCAUUGGUAUAAAUGCAGGUUUGAACAACGUCACCCACUUAGUGCAUCCAUAUAAUCUGGACGCGCGUGAAUUUGCGAAAACGGUUGUUGAAUACGGCAUUCUGGACAGGGACGUAUCCUCAGUCAAGGAUCACAAGCUGCGUCCGGAAUCGAAAAUUCACUUUGUCAUGAAUUUACCAAAGGACGCAAUUGAGUUUAUGGGUACGCCGUACAGCUGUGGUGACAAUAGUUUGCAGAUGUUUUUAGAGGUAUAG